AUUAAUGACUUUUUUAUUUACUUAGUUGAACCUCGUCUUUACCGGAAAACAGGAACCUAAACAGAUCAUCAUAGCGACGAAACAUUGGCCUUCGAUAUAUCGUUUUCUAGAUUUACGGAGUGUUUCUCUGGAUAUUCGAUCAGUGAGAGGUGAAGAUGAUUCUUUCAAAUUUUCUAAUACUCACCUGAAUAUCCAAGAUUGCGAUUGAUUUUCUUUGGUAUCUUAUCAUUUUUAUUCUAAUUCUGAAUUCUACAUAGGAUUGUAUUUAUCAUCCAGUAUAAAUACUCGCCUGUCGUUGAAGCUGAUUAAAAGUGUUAUGGUCAAGUUCCCUAACUGUACAAACCUGUGCAUUCAUCUCAUGAAAAAGAUUUUAAUAACUAAUGAGGAUUUGAUCGAGAUAAUCAAAAUGUUGCCCAAUUUAACUCUCUUUGUUUUGGUGAUAAGCAAUUGGGGAGACACAAAUACUAUUGAGACAAGCGUUAAAUUCUAUCAAUCGCCAGGUCGUCGAAUAUCCUUUUACUUGCUUCGCGAUGAUCGAAUACGGAAUCGCACGACCAGAACUGGAUCAUAUACACGAUAUGCAUUGAACGAAGAUGUUGCGGAUCAUUUGAAGACCGACAACAAUUUCGUUCGGAGCUUUUUUCGUUGUGAAAAAAAAACCAAUUUUUCUUCAAACAAUUGGUUGUCCAACAUUCGGUUUUUCUUAUCAAUUGUAACUACAAGUUAAAGUUAUCAUUCAUCUCGAUAAUAAUCUAGUAUAUAAUAGUUUUCUACUUUGAUAUUAGUUCAAUCCAGUCAUCUCUCUCUCUCUCUCAUGCUACCACCUUUUUGAUUGUCAAGACAAUUUGAUACUUCAGUUUCUAAUUGUUAUGUGUGCAUUGUUGUUCAUUUAUUGAUUCAAUUUUUCUUCUAACAAAAGGAAAAAGUCUUAUUUAAUCUCUUAUCGGUUGUCAAAUAAGAUUAACCAUGGACAAUUAAAUACAAGUACUUUGGGGGUCUGUUGAUAGCAAAUCAGUUUUGGGGCUCAAUCAUUUUGCUUUCCUUCUGGAAAACUCCAAUUGAACUUAAUUAGUAUAGAAAUUGUAACUUGUUGAAUAUUCUCAUUCUGGAUUUCAUUCAUUUUCACAAACUAAUUACCUUUGUGACAAUGGAAUUGCGCGAUUUACCUUACGAUUGUUUAUCGUAUAUAAUUGAUUGUAUUCCUGACCUUAAAUCGCUUUUGGAUAUGUCAAAAGUUUGUAAACAAUGGAACAUUUUGGCGAAACGAAGACUGAAUAAAAUUCAACAUUUACAUGCAAUGGCCAAAGUUGAGCUCGAUAUCUAUUCUGACCUUGCAGCAUCUCCCAAUCAUAUUUACACGAAUGAUGUUGGAUUGAUGGAGAGAGUAAAUGUCUCGAAAAUGUUUCCAAAUCUCAAGUUUUUCACUAAAAGUGAUAUGCUUUAUACCCAAUGUACCUGCAAGAUGAUGGUCAAUGUUUUGUCAACUUCGAAACCAUUAAUUGGGCUCAUUUGUAAAGAGCCAUGUCUUAGUUCAAAUUCUCUAACCAGUUUGUGCUGCUUCGAUAUCGAUGAUAUUGUUAAACAUUGUGGUAGCCUCGAGUACCUGGAUUCCCAUGAUGAACAUUUUCUUGAAAGUUAUUUCGUAAAAUAUAAAUUCGGCAGAAAUUUGAAAUAUUUUGAAGGUUAUGUCGUAGGUUACGAAGAUGCUGAAGAGGAUACAGAUUUUGAUUUUUUGUUUGAAGGAGUCUCUAUACUUUGUUCCUACUUUCAGCAAAUGCCAAAUCUUGAAGUUCUGCAUCUGAAAGACCCACCGAUUGAACCUCGUCUUUGGCCUUUACCUAAAAACAUGAACCUAAAACAGAUCGAUUUUGACAUCAUAUCGACAAAAACAUUGGCCUUCGAGUUCUUAUCUCGUUUUCCCGAUUUACGGAGUGUUUCUCUUGAUAUUCGAUCAGUGGAAGAUAAAGAUGAUGUUUUCAAAGUUUCCGAUGCUCAUCAACAUAUCCAAGAUUGCGCUCUACAUAUUGGAGGAACAUAUCAAAGCUCACCUGUCAGACCGUCGAAGCUGAUUAAAAGUGUUAUGGUCAAGUUCCCUAAUUGUACAAACCUGUGCAUUCAUCUCAUGAAAAAGAUUUUAAUAACUAAUGAGGAUUUGAUCGAGAUAAUCAAAAUGUUGCCCAAUUUAACUCUCUUUGUUUUGGUGAUAAGCAAUUGGGGAGAUGCAAAUACUAUCGAGACAAUCGAUAAAUUCUGUCAAUCGUCAGGUCGUCGAAUAUCCUUUUACUUGCUUCGCGAUGAUCGAAUAUGGAAUAGCACGACCAGAACUGGAUCAUAUACACGAUAUGCAUUGAACGAAGAUGUUGCGAAUCAUUUGAAGAAUGACAACAAAUUCAUUCGGAGCUUUUUUCGUUGUGAAAAAAACAUUCAACUUUUCUUCGAAGAACUGAUUUUUCAGGAUUUUGUUUCCUCAUGCAAGUGAAAAUAAUCAAGCAUUCCAAUAAUAAUCGUGUAUAUUAUUAUAAUAGUUUUCGAUCUUGAUGUUAGCUUAAUCCAGCCAUCUCUUUAUCUUGUUGCUAUUAACUUUUAGACUAUCAAGACAAUAUGAUAAUUUUUUGAUUGUCAAUUGUUUGUUUACUAUUUACUUGAGUCAAUAAAUGAUCCAAGUCAUUAAUUCAAACAGUAAAUGUUUUAUAAAUAAAAUCGUUUAAUUAUUAGUUCAAGAGAAUCAAAAAAUAUCAGCUAAUAAUUUUAGCUGAAAAACUGAGCUUCAAAGUUUCGUUGUAUUUUAUGCAAUCCGAUCCAUUAAUCGCUAAUUAUAAAUCGUCAA